AUGGACCCCGGGCCGCCGCCGCCGCCGCCGCCGCAGCCCCCGCCCGCCGCCGCGCAGGGCCAGGGGCCGCCGGCCGCGCAGCCCGCCUCGGGCCAGGGCCCCUCGCCGGCGCCCGGGCCGCCCGCGCCCGCGGGGCCGCAGGCGGCGCCGCAGGCCCCCCCGGCCGGCCACCAGAUCGUGCACGUCCGGGGGGACUCGGAGACCGACCUGGAGGCGCUCUUCAACGCCGUCAUGAACCCCAAGACGGCCAACGUGCCCCAGACCGUGCCCAUGCGGCUGCGGAAGCUGCCCGACUCCUUCUUCAAGCCGCCGGAGCCCAAGUCCCACUCCCGCCAGGCCAGUACGGAUGCGGGCGGUGCAGGGGCCCUGACUCCGCAGCACGUUCGAGCGCAUUCCUCGCCGGCUUCCCUGCAGCUGGGAGCCGUGUCCCCGGGGAGCCUGACGCCCCCCGGAGUGGUCCCCGGCCCAGCAGCUGCUCCCACCGCUCAGCACCUGCGCCAGUCUUCCUUUGAGAUCCCCGAUGACGUACCCCUGCCGGCGGGCUGGGAGAUGGCAAAGACAUCUUCUGGCCAGAGGUACUUCUUAAAUCACAUCGAUCAGACGACAACGUGGCAGGACCCCAGGAAGGCCAUGCUGUCCCAGAUGAGCGUCACGGCGCCCACCAGCCCCCCAGUGCAGCAGAGUCUGAUGACCUCGGCCUCAGGACGCCGUGAGCCAUGCACAUGUCAGGCGGCGAGCUUAAUGAAUGCUCUGUGUGCUGUGACUGCCCCACUGACUGGCCAUCCCCCCGUUGCCCGCCCUUCCCUCCAUAGUGACAGCAGGCCAGUCGGUGACCCCGCUGCGGCCUCUGAGUGUUCACGGGAAACAAGAGUCGCAUGUCUGUCCCUUGAAGUCAAAGGCUAGAGAUGAUGGACCCACCAGAGUGAAGAAGACGGAGCCUCCAGAGUGAAGAAGACGGAGCCUCCGGAGUGAGGAUGACGGAGCCCCCGGAGUGAGGAUGACGGAGCCCCCGGAGUGAGGAUGACGGAGCCCCCGGAGUGAGGAAGACGGAGCCCCCGGAGUGAGGAAGACGGAGCCCCCGGAGUGAGGAUGACGGAGCCCCCGGCGUGAGGAAGACGGAUCCCCCGGCGUGAGGAUGACGGAGCCCCCGGCGUGAGGAUGACGGAGCCCCCGGCGUGAGGAUGACGGAGCCCCCGGCGUGACGAAGACGGAGCCCCCGGCGUGAGGAUGACGGAGCCCCCGGCGUGAGGAUGACGGAGCCCCCGGCGUGACGAAGACGGAGCCCCCGGCGUGAGGAUGACGGAGCCCCCGGCGUGAGGAUGACGGAGCCCCCGGAGUGAGGAUGACGGAGUGAGGAAGACGGAGCCCCCGGCGUGAGGAUGACGGAGCCCCCGGAGUGAGGAUGACGGAGUGAGGAAGACAGAGCCCCCGGCGUGAGGAUGACGGAGCCCCCGGAGUGAGGAUGACGGAGCCCCCGGAGUGAGGAUGACGGAGCCCCCGGAGUGAGGAUGACGGAGCUGAGAUAGGCAGAGCGCUAGUGCUCUUGUGCCAAACAGUCACAUUGUAAAUGUGAAGGGAAGUUCUCGAAGGAAAUGAGUGCUACUCCAGUGAGCACAGAAAUGAGAAAGCCAAGCAGCCUUAUUGCCGACAGGAAGAAAGUUUCAGUCUGGAUAGAAGGUCAGACCACAUUCCUAUAAACCCACACCUAAUCCCAAGCAAGGCCCGGACUCUCUUCAGUUCUGUGGAGGCUGAGGGAGGUGUGGGAAGCUGCAGAAGAAAGGCCAGGAGCUGGGGGAAGUUGGUUUGUGAGGUUUAAGGAACCAUAGACAUGUGGGCGAAGCAAGUGAUCCAGAAGAUCCCACUGAGAUCACGGCACAUUUUCAACACAGCACAACCUUCUGUGGGAAGAAGGUGCCGUCCAGCGCUCCCAUAGCUGGAGAGGACAAGUCAGUGCCUGGCUUCAAAGGACAGGCUGACUCUCUCGAUAGCGGCUAAUGCAGCUGGUGACUGUCAGCUGCAGCCACUGUCACUGACCGCUCCGAAAAUUCUUCGGGCCUUUAUACACAUUAUGCUCCGUCCACUCUGCCUCCGCUUUAGAAAGGGAACAGCAAAGCCUGGGUGAGGGCACAGCUGUCGACACCAUGGUUUACUGAGUAUUUUAAGUCCACUGCUGAGACCACCUGCUCAGAAUAAAAAGAUUUCAUUCAAAAUAUUGCUGCUCAUGGACAGUGCAUCUGGUCACCCCAGAGCUCCGAUGGAGACGGACAGUGAGAUGCAUCUUGUUCUCAUGCCCACAGCCCAUGGAUCCAGGAGUCGUUUUGACCUUCACGUCUUACUACGUAAGAAAUACAUUCUGUAUGGCUGUAGCUGCCGAAGGAGUGGUUCCUCUCGUGGAUCUGGGCAGAGUACGUGGAAGGGACUCACCAUUGUAGAGGCCAUUAAGAACAUUGUGAUUCAUGAGAUACCAAAUAUAAAUCACAGUAUCAACGUGGACAGGAAUUUGGGACGCUGGUGAUUCCAAACCUCAUGGGUGAUUUUGAAGGGGUUCAGCGCGUUAGGGGAGGAAGUCACUGCCAAUGGGGUGGAAACAGCAAGAGAACUGGGAUCAGAAGUGGCGCCUGAAGAUGGGGCUGAUCUGCUGCAAUCUCGUGAUCAAACCUGAACGGAUGAAGAGUUGCUUUUGGUGGAUGAGCAAAGACAGUGGUUUCUUGGGAUGGAAUCUACUGGCGAAGGUGCUGUGAAGAUUGUUGAAGUGACAGCAAAGGACUCAGAAUGUUACGUCAACUUUGGUGAUAAAGCAGCAGAGGGUUUGAGAGGAUGGACUCCAGUUUGGAAAGAAGUUCUGCUCUGGGUAAAAUGCUAGCAAACAGCCUCCUGUGCUGCAGAGAACUCGUCCCUGACAGGAAGAGUGGAUCCGCGCAGCAAACUGCAUUGUUGUCUUGUCUUCUUGCCGCGGCCGCCCCAGCCUUUGGCUGCCACCACCCCAAUCAGUCAGCAUCCCUCAGCACUGAGGCAAGACCCUCCACCAGCAGAGAGGUGAUGAUUCACUGCAAGCUCAGAUGAUGUUAGCAAAUUUAACAAUAAAGUAUUUUUUAAUUAAGGUGUAUAAAUUGUUUUGAUUUUUUUUUGAGAUAAUGCUAUUGCACAAUUAAGAGACUACGGUAUAGCAUAAACAUAACUUUAUAGGCACUGGGAACCAAAAAAUUCAUUUGACUUGGUUUAUUGUAAUAUUUGCUUUAUUGUGGUUGUGAGGAACCGAACCCACAAUAUCUCUGAGGUACGCCUAUAUAGCGAUAAUAGAAGUAAACAUGUCUAAAUUUGAGGUCUUAACGCAAAUCAGUCUUCAGGAAUAAUCUUAAGCUAAUAAAAUUUAUUUAAUGGCAAUAGCCAUGCUAGAUCAUCAUGUCGUUAAAUUAUUUAUCAUGCUCAAUAGAUGAAAAAGACCGUGCUCUCAUGGAUAUAUGAAUGUGACAACCAUUAGAGCAAAGAGAAGGGAUCCUUAACCAGGCUUGUAAGCAGAAUAUAUAAAGAAAGUUAGGAUAACGUAUAGUAGGUAAGAGAAAAGGACUUCCCACAUUUAUCUCUUGAUUGUAUUUUAGCACUUUUAGAAUAUUAUUGAAGGUAAUUUUUUUUCUUCUUAACCAUAUAAGCUCUUUAGCUACAACUCCUGUUCCUUGAGUUUUUCCUACUAAUUUGAGAAAUCCUAGAAAUCCAUGUGUCAGAAUCUCUGUUAAAGUAUAGAUGGAGAAAUAAACAUGAAGAUGUAAUACUCACUGAUCUUGAGUACAAGAUGUAUAGUGUGGUUCUGUAAUAUACAUACAGGGAAUUUUCAAAUUGAGUUAAAUAACCACCUUUUACUUCAAAUCCAUAAUUUCUUCUCUUAUUCUCAGUGUAGCUGUUCUGUCUUUGCAUUGGCUUAUAGAGCCUUUCUUCCCAUCUUUCCUACUGUAUUGACUGCUGCGUCUCAGGGUGGCUCCCCCAUUCUCUGUUCCCACACCCAUACCACUUCAAAUGGUGAUGAACUCCAGAAUUCCCUUCCUGUGUAUUCACAGAUUUAAUAAACUUGGCCACUGUAAAACAACAGUAUUUCAAAACGGAGUGGGACAACAAGGAAUUUUAGUAAGUUUUGAAGUGUUUAGUGUCAGUGAUUUGUGCUGCUUUUCAGUUAAGUAUGACCUGACAUAUUAUUCUUCUAGAAUUCAAACCUGAUUCAUCAGAAGGUGUCUCCUCCUAGUGAUCGACAAGGAUCUCCAAUAUUGUCAUUCAUCAUUCUGGAACAAUUUAAUGCCAUUCGCUUAGUCCAAAGUAUUCAUCAAUCUCUUGCCGCUCUCAGCAAAGUCAUCAGAGGAACUACGUUACUGAGUUCAGAAGUACAGAAAUUGGCAAGUGCUUUAUUAAACCAAAAGUGUCCUCUGGCAUGGCAGAGCAAGUGGGAAGGCCCAGAAGACCCCUUACAGUACCUUGGAGGUGUCGUGGCUCGGGCCCUUGCGAUACAGAGCUGGGUAGAGAGAGCUGAGAAGCAGGCUCUUCUCUCUGAUACACUUGACCUGUCAGAACUCUUCCACCCAGACACGUUUCUCAACGCCCUUCGCCAGGAAACGGCAAGGGCGAUGGGCUGUUCUGUGGAUAGCCUUAAGUUUGUAGCCUCGUGGAAAGGUCGGCUGCAAGAAGCAAAGCUGCAGAUUAAGGUCCUGAACCGUGGCCCUCUACAGUGUCCUCCCUGCCAUCACUCGUCUGUUUGUUCAGCAGCCCUUGUGAAGUGGGGUGCUGGGACAUGCUUGCGUCAGGCUCCCGAUGCGCUCGCCACUCAGGUCUCGCCAGGAGCUCCGGAGCCCCUCGCCGUCCCGUUUAGUGCGAGGCCACCACACACGGAAGGCAAAACGACAAGUCCUCUGCCUGGCCGAAUCCGCUUGUUUCCUGCAGUGCCCGGGAUGCUGAGAACGCGCGGUCCCCUAACAUUCCGGCAUGCUGCGCUUCCCGUGGGACCUGAUGGAGUCCUGUGUCUUCCUUAGGCUUUUCUCUUGGGGAUAACAUUCUGCUCUGCUCCUCUUGGGCAGUCUCUGUGGCUGGGUGCUUAGCUCAGUGCUCGUAUAAGUAGAAGUGAAGCCUGCUCGAUUCUUGAUUUUCACAUUAGGAAAUCCAUUUGCCUGGAGACUCAUUAGAUCCUCCAAGCUGUGUUUCAGCAAUAAAGGAAAUGUUUUGGGCCUGUCUUCUUUCAUUCCUUCCUUUAAAGAAGCUACAGUUGAAACAAGGGUAACCUUUGUUGAAACCAUUCCAAUCCCUGAUAUGUUACCGUUUUAUUAUAUAGAUGAUAGGGUAUUACUUUUUUACAUUCUUACGUUGGACAUUCUUAUGUUGUAGUGUCACUCUCAGGAAUGAUGAGGUCUUUAAAUUCCACCGAUGGCCUUUAAAUUUCAUGAUAGGAUAGUCCUAGAGGGUGCCGAGAGAAAAGGAGAGAUUUGGAAGGUGUCUCUUAGAAGUGGCAGGAGUGGGCAGUUUGAUGGCCCAGGGGAGGCUGGGGGAGCCCAGAUGUCUGUCAGGCUCUAGAUGUGCCAACUACUGAAACAGGGCUCCAGGAAAUACGGUUUCUCAGCACCCCUCCUUGUUAGAAGGGAACAACAAUGCGUUUGUGUCUCAGUUCCCUCCUGUGGUACUUUCAGCAAGAACUGUGUUUACGAAUUUCCAGGCGGACGACUUCAGCUUGAAACUUGAUGAAAUUUCUAGAAGAGGCCUUAAAAUGUCUUACCUAGAGAGAUUCUACCACUGAAAUUAGCAGAUGGGUGGCUUGUUACUGGAAGGCUGCAGUUUUGAUGGAAGCCGGCUCUCGGAAAAUCACCACGAUUCUCCCAGUGUGUCGCCCGUUCUCCCUUGCUGUGUGGGCUGGAUUCCCCAGUUAGCCAUGCAGACAUGGGCCGAGUCGACGGGUUAAUGCACCUCUGAUUUCUGCCAGACUGUGUCACUGCACUGGGAAGAGGCAGAUGAAGAAGGGAUGCGUGUGCUGACACAGUGUCCAUGAGUCUCAGGGUGCAUAUGGUCCUUAUUCCCCCGAUGAGUGCAUAUCUUUGCCCGUGUACACGAGCUGCGAGAGGGACCGCGUGGUAGCCAACGUCGACGUUCCGUGUGGGGGCAACCAAGACCAGUGGAUUCAGUGUGGAGCGGCUCUGUUUCUCAAAAAUCAGUAGUCUAACGAUAAUAAAAGCUGUCUUAGCAAAAAGUAACAUUUGCUACUUCAACUUUAAAUCAAUAGGUGGUCUACAUUUAAACUGUUCAAAAAAUUAUCACAUAGUUACCCACCUUGUGUUAUUGAUCUCACUGGGUUUUUAUUGUAAUGGGUCAUGACAGUGCAUGCAGCUUUUAAAGUAACAAUUCAUAGGUUCAUGUUAAAAUGCUGUAUUCCCUUGAGAACAUUAAAUAUUUUUGUGAGGCAGUUCAUGUUUCCAGUGGCUCAAAAAAUUAAUGUAUGUAAGAGGUUGAAAGUAGUGUAUUUAAGGAAUCUAAUUAAUUUGGCUACUCUUUGGUAUCAUAAUUUUGUAUUAAAAUAUAAGGCCAUUUUUUUCACUCAUCUGUGGGUUUAGAUAGGUGUUCUUUUUUUAAACACUUAAAAAUAUAUUCUGUUUUAGUUAAAAUAUAUAGCAUCUCAACGUAAUGCAAAAGAAAUGGGGAAUAACAGCACAGAAACCAGGGUAAGAAUUUUACAAAUGGAAUAAUUAGACAAUGAGAGGUUAUCAUUCCUCACGUAGAUGACUUUUUACCAUAUGUUUCUGUGAAACAGUAAAAUUCUACAAUGGCUGGAAGCUUAAAUAUGUGUUGUAAUUUUAGUUUGUGAGCAAUUGGAAUUGGGUUCAGAAAUCUUAACUACUUGUCAUCAUAUUACCAUUUGUAUGGGUCCAAUCAGGAGACCAAAAACAAACCAAACCACCCCACUGGUUUAAAGGGUGAAGUUCAACAUAAAGAUUAAGCUACGACAGAAGAAGAAAGGGUGAGACAAGCCCAUCUGAUCCCACCUGACAGUACAAACGUGUUGGGGGGGGGGGGCUCCCGAAGCCUGGGGUUCAUACCUCGUUGGACAAGGUCUGAGUGCAGGCUGCUGGGGAACUGAGAACUUUCCUGAGUUUCUGCUGUUCCAGGCAAGCCCAGGCCUGGAAAUCAGGAGCUCCAGAGCAGGCAGGGGCCGCGGCCUCAGCAGGCGAACCGGGUCACCCACUUCUGGCCAAAACGCUGUGACAACAGAUAGGCUAUGGUAGCUUCCAGAAGCCUUCACAGGACGCGGCCAGUCGGUCAUUCUCUCUCCCCUUCUCUUCAUCUCUUCUGCUAUCUUGGGCCGUGUGUUUGCACCCACAAAGGACAGAGACAAACCUGGAGAAGGUGGGACUCUGGAGCAUGGAUGCGCUGGAUGUGUUAACU